ACCGUGAUUGGUCGGAACCCUGAAGGCGAGCUUGGCGCGGGGUUUGCUCCCGCGCGGCGGGACUGGUGGGCAGAAUGUCCACCGCUGGUGACGGUGAGCGCGGUAAUGUGGGUCAAGAAGAUGCUGCUGCUGCCGGCCCGUUCAGAUUCAGCCCGGAGCCCACGCUUGAGGACAUCCGACGCCUCCAUGCGGAGUUUGCUGCUGAGCGGGACUGGGAGCAGUUCCACCAGCCUCGGAACCUGCUGCUAGCCUUGGUGGGAGAAGUGGGCGAGCUGGCAGAACUCUUCCAGUGGAAGCCGGAUGCAGAGCCUGGUCCUCAAGCAUGGCCUCCGAAGGAGAGAGCAGCCCUUCAAGAGGAGCUUAGUGAUGUCCUCAUCUACCUGGUGGCAUUAGCAGCUCGCUGUCAUGUGGAUUUACCUCAAGCAGUAAUCUCCAAAAUGAACACCAACCGCCAACGUUACCCAGUCCACCUGUCCCGAGGUUCUUCUUGCAAGUACACAGACUUGCCCCGUGGGGCCAUCUCUGAAACCCAGGCUGUGGGGGCUGGGGACCCUGCCUCUGAGCUGAGGAACCAGGCUUCUGCCUAGAAACAUGGUCUGGUCUUAGUAAAUCAUAGGUCUGGGCCCGAGUGUUUGCUCUCGAAAUAAAAUAACUUAAGGCAACAA